AUGGCCACCGCACUCUCGUCCGACGACCCUGUACUGAAGCAGGUCUUCCGCGAUUUCGUCUCUGGAUGCCACAUCCUCCAUCAUCAUCGGUAGGUCGACUUCCAACAGCAACAUGAUCUUGAGAAACUGAUCUAGUCCUAGUGUCCUCGAUGCUUACGGCCAUCUUUCCGUGCGACACCCUCACAACCCCGAACGCUUCUUCAUGUCCCGCUACAUCGCACCCGCCACCAUCUCCUCCGAAAGGGACCUGGUAGAAUACUACGUCGACAACGCGGAACCCAUCGAUCCCAACUCCGCCAAGGGCUACUCCGAACGCCACAUCCACAGCGAAAUUCUCAAACGUUACGCUUCCGUCAACGCGGUCAUCCAUUCGCAUUCCGACGCCGUGGUGCCCUAUACCAUCUCUGGUGUCCCCAUGCGAGCGUGCUACCACAUGGCUGGCUUCCUGGGGAAUGAGGUUCCGGUGUGGGAUAUCGGGGAGUGUUGGACGGAAGGGGAUCGGAAGGACAUGUUGGUUAGUAAUGCUUAUCUUGGGUCGAGACUGGCGGCGUCUUUUGGGAAGCAGGCAGGAGGUGCCGGGGUAGGCAUUCCUGAGCAUGCGGCGGUUUUGAUGCGAGGGCAUGGGUUUACGGUUCAGGGGGAGAGUAUUAUGGAUGUGGUGCUGAGGGCUGUGGUGAGUCUUUCUUUUGUUCUUUUUCAUCUCUCGUUUGAUCUUGAUAUCAAAGGUAGUGUGCUGACGUUUUCUCUGAUAUAGUAUACACAGCAGAACGCCUCUAUACAGACCACGGCAUUGUUGACGAGAGCAGCGCACAUGAACGCUCAAAACUCUGGCACGGGCGACCUUCAUUUCCUCAGUCCGGAGGAAUCUCAAGGAGCAACACAAAUGACCCGCUGGUCCGCAGGACGACCAUGGAGACUGUGGCUGCGAGAAGUCGAAGCUCAGGAUUUAUACGUCAACACCGCGUGA